AUGGCAACUAUUAUUAAUUCAACCAAUACCAUUGUAGGACAGGCCUACGAAUAUUAUUUAUGGACACUAUCGCUCUCAGAUUCAAGAACGAGAGGAUGGAUGUUUGUCGACUCGCCUGCUCCUACGAUACUGUAUACUUUAUUAUAUUUAUUUUUAGUCUGGUUAGGUCCUAGGUUAAUGAAGAAUAGAAAACCUUUUAAAUUAGGAUACAUCCUCAUUCCGUACAACCUUUACAUGGCUGCUCUCAACGGCUACAUAGCAUUUCAGUUAUUAACAGCUUCAACGAGACUGAGAUAUAGCUACAUAUGUGAACCUUGUAGACAAAAGUAUCAUCCUGAUGAAUUACAGAUUGCAAAUGCAGUUUGGUGGUAUUAUUUCUCAAAACUGCUAGAAUUCUGUGACACAUUUUUCUUUAUAUUAAGAAAAAAGAACAACCAGCUUACGUUCCUGCACGUUUAUCAUCAUUCUACAAUGUGGUGCCUAUGGUGGAUUGGAAUUAAAUGGGUACCAAGUGGUUCCACAUUCUUGCCAGCCAUGGUUAAUUCAGCAAUACACGUUCUUAUGUAUUCCUACUAUGGGCUCUCAGUUCUUGGACCUAAUGUUCAGAAAUAUUUGUGGUGGAAAAAAUACUUAACUAUUCUUCAAAUGAUUCAGUUCACUUGUGCCUUAGUCUUGGGUGCCAACGGUAUAAGAACUGGAUGUGAUUUCCCAUUGUGGAUGCACUACACGCUUAUUAUUUAUAUGAUGUCGUUUAUCGUACUUUUCGGUAAUUUCUACGUAAAGGCGUACAUUGAAAAAGGAAGUCAAGUAUUCUUCGGCAUGGACGUAGGCUGUGGCCAAGGAAAUACUUAUAUUGAAAAGGAAGAAAAGACCUGCCAGGAACAGGAAGAGUUGUAUGGCGGCAUCCAAAGCGAAAAAAAGAUGAUGUAA